UAUAAACAUUGGGUACCUCUCGGUGUACAGUACAGCUGACCCGACUAUCCCCGGACUUGAUUAAAAACCCGUUGCACUGCUCCACCGUGACGCUAUCUCUGUACCUCUAUCUCUGACAGGACUGGCAUGCCGCAGACGCAUGCGAUAUACGCCCACACUGGCGAGGACGUCCUCUCGUCCGUCUUCCAGCAACUUGAUGUCGACGAUGACCGUCUCUUUAAUAUCACGAUGACUUUCUUGCAUGAAAUGUGGGACGGUCUGAAUAACUACGGACAUGAUAUGGCGAUGAUCCCAACAUUCGUGAGGAGCAUCCCGGACGGUUCAGAGAAGGGCACUUUCCUCGCCCUCGAUCUAGGCGGCACUAAUCUUCGUGUUUGCGAGGUUAACCUCCACGGCGACAAGACAUUCUCUCUUCGCCAACAGAAAUACAAGGUCUCUGACGCGCUUAAAACUGGCGAGGCGACUACCCUCUUCGACUAUCUCGCAGACUCCGUCGAUGCGUUCCUCACAGACUCUGGCUCACCAAACUGCGCUCUUCCUCCAUCCCUCGCCCGCAGGAAUCUUGCUGAAGUGUCCGACGAGGAGGACGUGCCAUACAUUCCUCUUGGUCUGACUUUUUCUUUCCCUGUGGAACAGACAGCACUUGAUUCGGGCAAACUCCUCACAUGGACCAAAGGCUUCGCCGCCAAAAAUGCUAUCGGGAAUGACGUCGUCAAACUCCUUCAAGAUGCCUUCGAUCGCAAAAAUAUGCACGUCCGGUGUGUCGCGCUGGUGAACGACACUGUCGGUGCCCUGCUUUCUCGGGCUUAUACUUCGGGCGGUUGCAUCCUUGGUGCUAUUUUUGGUACCGGGACAAACGGGGCAUAUGUCGAAGACAUGGCCAGCAUUUCGAAGCUUGGGAGAAGUACAGCCGUUAAGGAAGGGAACUUGAUGGUCGUGAACACAGAGUGGGGAGGGUUCAACAAUUCGCGGUCGGCAUUGCCAAGUACGCCUUACGACAACAAGGUUGACCGCGAAUCCAUCAACCCCGGAAAACAAGCCUUCGAGAAGUUUAUCUCCGGAAUGUACCUCGGCGAAAUCACUCGCAACGUCAUCGUGAGCCUGAUCGACGCAGCUCCGAAACCGCUUCUCUUCUCUGGGCAUUCAUCCAAACAGCUCAACAAGCAAUGGGGUGUAGAUACAGCUGUGCUGAGCGAAGUCGAGGAAGCAUGGGAGGGAAUUGGGCGAUUUGUGCCCGAAGACACGGGAUCAACGGCAGAAGCCACGAACGCAGGAGAGGGGACAGAGACAAGUAAUGGCACAAAUUCGACAAGGCAACCGUCCGUGCAACAGAAACUAGAACGCAUACGAGAUGUGAUCGUUAAGAGGAUGGAACUGCCUCCUGACUCAGUUUCGUUGGAUGAUGCAGACGUCGUACGAAAGAUAUGUACCCACAUUGCCUGGCGGGCGGCGCGGUUGAGCUCGUGUGCGGUUGCUGCUGUCUUGUUUCAAACGGGGCGGGCACGCCUCACAAGAGGCGGGGAGGAAACGAAGAAUACGGCACCAUUAGUCGACGAAGGAAAGAGGAUUGGGGUGGGUGUCGACGGAAGUUUGGUCGAACAUUACCCCUGCUUCGAGAAGAAACUGAGGGCGUCAUUGCGCGUUCUCGUCGGGGAGGACGUGGAGCGCCGUGUCGAUAUCGGCUUGGCGAAAGACGGCAGUGGUGUUGGAGCUGCGCUUUGUGCCCUCGUGGCAUACCGGCAGAACAUGGUUAAACAGUGUCAUACCGUGUACGAACAUGAGGUUGCCAACGGGGUGUCCGAGUCGCGUGGGGCGGAGCACUUCGCCUGCCCCGACUCGUUGGCGCGGACAUAAACUAGGAUUCUCGAUACAUGGACUUCGGCUCUUCAUCCUUAUCUCAUCUUCGUCGAGUUUUGCAUGCGCCGCCGUUAUCAGGUUCGUUGGGGGAGUAUCUAUAUGCCAAUGGUGUGUCACACGAGCAACAUUUCUGUUCAAUGCGGCGCAUGAUUUAGAUCAGUAGAACACAACGAACUUUCCACACUGGCGUGUGUCCUAGUUCCCGAUCCUUUCCCUAUCUACUUAUCAUCUCACUUUCUGGCAUGUUCCACUGCUACACGUAUGUGUACGUUCGUGUAUGUAUUACAUAUAUGAUGAACCACGAGAUCGUUGUACGCCAUACAAACGUGGUGUCCACACCGUGUGUCCAUUCUUAUUACAUAUAUCCCCUUUUGCC